AUGGAUGAUUUAUCACCAGAAGAAAGACUGCUGAGGCACGACUGCGUGGCGUCAGAUCCCUUUCGCAGACCACAGCAACAGACCAUUUCCUUCGCAUCUAGCUUUCGUUCCAUAUCAGAUGCACCAUUUGGUCUUCCCACGGUUCUAUCGGUGGUAUCACAGAACCAGGAACAAAUACGAUCAAGUCACGGUGUCGAAUGGACUGUCGGCGGUUUGGAUGCUCCUCCUCCGGGGACCGCUGUCGAUGAUGGUCACGGCCAUUAUCUCCGCAGUGGAUCGAAUGCCCGAUUCAUCACCACCAACUUCUCCACGGCCCGCAUCAAGAAGAAAGAAGACCUGGAGCAACACAGGGGAAUGCUUGCCGACGCGCUGAAGCUGAACCAGAUUUCAAGAAUUCUGGACUUUGAACAUCCUAUUGGGUCUUCGUACCGUGUACUGGCUCAGCAAAACAAGCAAACGCAAAAGGAAUCCAAAACGUACUGGACAGGAACUCAGUGGCUCUACCUCCUCGCCGACCACAUCAAGCUCUCCCUCCUCGAGCGCCAGCGGGCCCAGUCGUUGAACCUCGACGCCGACACGCAGGACGGUCAUAUUUCGCGGUCGCUGGACCAAUUCCGUGAUGGCUUGGAGUCUCUAGAUGCCGAGGUCAAGCGCCUCCAGGGCGCAGGCGACGAGAGCGCCGCCCAAAACAUCACCGACUCCCUCCCGGCCCUGCAGAAGCAGUUCUCGGACCUCACCUCCCAGUUCCACGGCUUCUCGAACCCCUCCACCUCGAGCACGACCACGACCCCCAACGACCCGUCCCUCUCCCCCGACUUCUCCGCCGUCCAGUCCACCAAGCCCCUCAAGGGCUCCCUCCGCGGCCUCCCCGGCGGCGUCGCCGCCGCCGCGGGGGCCAACAACAGCAAGACGGUGCGCUUCACCGACUCGCCCGCGCCGCCGCCCGAGGACCCCAACGCCGCCGCCCUCUUCGGCGAGGGCCGCUACCGCGACGACCCGGCCGACACGGCGGGCUACCGCGACCAGGCCGAGGGCAUGGACAACCAGCAGAUCCACGAGUACCACACGCAGAUCAUGCGCGACCAGGACGACCACCUCGACCGCCUCGGCGAGUCCAUCGGCCGCCAGCGCGAGCUGAGCAUGCAGAUCGGCGACGAGCUGGAUUCCCACGUCGCCAUGCUCGACGAGGUCGACGGCGUCGUGGAUCGUCACCAGGGGAGGCUCGACAGGGCGAGGAGGUCGCUGGGGAAGGUCGCGCGGGACGCCGGGGAGAGCAAGCAGAUGAUGGCCAUCAUUGUGCUCAUCAUCAUCUUGGUCUUGCUGAUUGCCAUCUUAAAAUAA